CGAAGCGAUUCCUUCGCGAGUCGCUCGAGCGGAGGAGGUGAGAGAUGCGCGCGCCGCGUGCGGUCCACAAAGCCCGUUAACGGCAAACGGAGAAACCGACGGAUUAUAAAAAGGGUUUAAAUAAUAAUUAUAAUAACAAUAAUACUAUUAAUAAUAAUAAGAAAAGAAUAUCCAGAAUGGACACACGUUCUCAACGGCAGCGAUGUUUCUGGAAUUUCAGCUUCUCAUUAAUUACCUUAGAAACGUAAUAUUUUCAAACUGACGCUCACGUGCGUGCGAAUUAGAAAUAACGGCUUUAACGGUUUUUUUUUUGGUUUGUUUGUUUUUAAACUGAAAGUUGAUUAGAGCGCGAGCCCGCUGAGAUCUCUGGUGCUGGACCAUCACAGGGUUUAUGUAGAGUCCAGAGUGCUAGUCUAAUCUGAUAGAAUUACACAGGAUUUAGUGUUUAUUUUGAAGUCAUUUCUGGUGUAUAGUGCUGGGGAGGCUUGUUUCCUCGGAAUGAAGGAUGGGAAGUUGAGCGGAGAGUAGACUUCAGCCCUGAGGAUGAUGUGACAGUCGGAGCUUCAGCUCUAAAUCGUGAUUUUUUGCCCCUUUUUUCUGAUUUUGUGGUCUUUUUUUUUUUGCACCUGGAUGGAGGAUUUGGCCACCAUGCUGUGCUUCUGGGGUCUGUUCUCCGGCUUCAUGCUUCUAGGAGUUACAGAAAGCAAAAUCCCAGAGACGCUCCCGCGUUACUCCUCCUCGCCCACCUACCUGCCUGUCAAUUACCAGCUCCUCAACUCCGAGUCGUCGUUCUUGCUCAAGGAGGCCACGCAGGACUUCAUGCGCAACUCGAGCUUCCUCGCGAGGACCGAACCCUUCUUCAUCCACCAGGCCAGGAAACCUCCCACCCUCAGAGCCAGCUACGGCUCGCUGUCUGUGGAGCAGCCCGUUCCUCCUGAGCUCCUGCAGCCUCCAGGCUCUUUCAUCACCUCCUCCACCCUCUUCACCUUCAACUGGAAGGUUCAGACCUUCAUCCUGAGAGAGAAGAUCCACCUGGACAAGCCCAGGAUCCAGGUGCUGUUCUACAUCUCUGGGAGGGACUGGGACGACUACAGCGUGGUGGACAAACUGCCCUGCGUGCGUAUGUUUGCAUUCCACGAAACACAGGAAGUUCGCGGGAGCUGCCGGCUGCAGGGGGAGCUGGGAGUGUGCGUCGCUGAGCUGGAGCCUCCUGCGUCGUGGUUCGCUCCGCCCACCGUCAUUCCUGGACGGCAGAAAAUCACGGAUCUUCCCGACGGAAACCAAGUGGCACUUUAUUACUCUCUACGGUCAGCACAAAACGGCCAGUGCCUCGGAAAGGAUCCAGGAUUCAGGAGUCCCGGGCAGCCAGGAAGCCAGGAAGACUCGUUCGGAUCUACCACAUCGACUCCAAUGAAGAGGAUCGGAAACGUGAGGUUGUUUAGGACUCCCACCGUCCCGGAAUUAUCCGAACAGAGAGUGGAUGGGAAUUUUGCAGUGCUCGUGCCAUCAGCGCCAGUCCGGCCGAGGGAAAGCGUAUCGGUUUACAUCGCCGCUUCUCCGUACUCGCCAGUGGAAAUGUUCACUCUGAGGGUGAAGCUCAAAGACGGCGUGACAUUCUUGGGGGCGCGACCCUGCAACCCCAUGCUGUGGAUGAUCAGUCAGGACGCCAGGGUCGAAGGUCACCGGGUCGUCACCCUGCACUGUCGGAAGAAAGAGUCUAGCUACGCUCAGAGGGUGGAGCCCGGGUGGCAGCGGGUGGUGCAGGUGGAUCUGGAGAUGGAUGUGAUGGUGGACUCAGUGGGCAGUGGGCUGAUCUCGUGGAUGGUGGAGUAUCCGGGCAUCAGAGCGACAUCCGACGAAACCGAGACAAAAAUCCACAUCGUCCAGAGAGAGCUGUCCGGCAUCGUCCCUCUCGCCAUGGACACCGAGAUCCUGAACACGGCCGUGUUGAACGGCAGAACGGUGGCGGUGCCGGUGAAGGUGGUGACGGUGGCGGUGGACGGAACGAUUACUGACGUCUCGGACACGGUGCAGUGCCGAUCCACCGACGAGGACGUGGUCAAGGUGUCAGACAGGUGCGACUACGUGUAUGUAAACGGUAAGGAGAUGAAGGGCCGAGUGCGGAUGCUGGUGAACUUCACCUACAGCUUCGCUACGGCUCAGCUGGAGAUAAACGUGUGGAUCCCCCGCCUGCCGCUCCACAUCGAGGUGUCGGACACAGAGCUGAGCCCCAUAAAAGGCUGGAGGAUCCCCACAAUGCCCAACACGCCAAGGUCGAUGCGGGACAGCGAUGAUGAGGAUGAUGAGGAGCGGAGAGGAAGGACCUGCACGCUGCAGUAUCAGAGAGCCAUCAUACGCAUUCUCACUCACUUCGUCGCCGAAUCAGCCGAGGUCCGAAAUCAGCUGACCUACAUGCUGGGUUCUGAUUGGCAGAUGGACAUCACAGGGCUGGUGUGGGACUUCCUGAAAGUGGAGGAUCCUCGAAUCGCACGCUUACAAGAUGGCCGCCUACUGGAGGGAGUGGGCACGGGCAUGACCAGCAUCCAGGUCCUCUCUCCUCUCUCAGACUCGAUCCUGGCGGAGAAGUCGGUGUCUGUUGUAGACGAGAGAGUCAGCAUCACUGAACUGGGCCUGCAGUUGGUCAGCGGCCUCACGCUCCGCCUACAGCUCAGCACAGGAAGUAACCAAGCCAUCAGCGCCACGGCAACCACACAGGAAGUGCUCAACACGCCCAAACAGGAGGCGCUGAUCAGUGCUUGGCUGCAGUUCAGUGACGGCUCCAUGGCCCCUCUGGACCUUUACGACCCGGAUCACUUUGUGCUGACGGUCAUCUCUCUGGACGAGGAGGUGGUGAGUGUGAAUCAGGACGCAACCGGGCGCUGGCCCAUAGUCUCAGCUCAGGCUGAGGGUCAGGGCCCACUGCUGCGCGUCGAGAUGAGCGUCCAUGAGUCAUGUCAGAAACUCAAACCUCGCCGCAGCGUGCUUGCCGCCGGAAACUGCCACGUCCGGGUGAAAUAUGGCCGCACGGAGAGCGUCUCACAACCUGAGUACGGAGAUGACACUGACAACCACCGGCAGAACCUGAAUUUACCGGACCGAACCGGAAUGGAGGGCCAUUACUUCUACAGCUCCAUUUCCAACAUGGACGACGAUGGAGUGAUGAGGAGAAUCACCACCACAACCAAAACAGCAAUCAUCCGAAGAACUGGGGGAGAGAAACUGUCAAAUGACGGCAGCCAAAUUUCCAACGUUCCUAUCGAUUUCUCAGAUUUCCCGGCCCAAGUGGACCUUCCCCGGGGACACAGUGUCUAUGAUGAUGACUUGAUCCAGAACAAUCGAGGACUCUCAGACCUGGAAAUAGGGAUGUAUGCCUUGUUAGGAGUCUUCUGUCUGGCUAUACUGGUGUUUCUUAUUAACUGCAUUUCCUACGCACUGAAAUAUCGCCAUAAGGAGAUGAGCAUCGAGGGUCAGGAGAGUCUGAACCACGCACAUGACUGGGUGUGGCUGGGAAACGAGGCAGAGCUUCUGGAGAGUCAUGUGAGUCUGACACCACAAACAGACGAGCAAAUCACAAUUAUGGACUCCAGCAUCGGCGGGCUGGAGGAAGGAAGCCUUCUGCUCAACGGCGGUUCUUUACAGAAGAACAGUCAUGAGCGGCAGGAGCAUCGAGGAGCCGAGAACAAUGGCGGGAAAGACGGCAAAGGAGAUUCGCCAACCACCAAGAGGAAGAGAGUAAAAUUCACCACGUUCACCACUAUUCCAGCCAGUGAGACUCUCGGAGAGGAGCCGAACGAGGAAAUAAAGUGGGUGUGUCAGGAUGUGGACAUGGGAGAGUCCAAAGAGCUGCAGAACUACAUGGAGCGGCUAAACGACAGUGUUUUAAAAGAAGUGGCGUAGUCGGCAAAGUGACGGCGUGUGUUAAACUGCAGAACUCACCCUUAUGCCUUCUUCAUAGAGCCAGGAUUCAGUCACGGAAACAUCACAAGCUCUCUGAGAUACAGAAAAACCAUGGGAUAUAACAUUUGUGCAUUUGACAUACUCUCAGAUCAACACGGCAGCUGCCAAAAGACUUGCUACUUGACGUCAUGGUACUCAUGGCAAAAGAGUUUUUAAAUCAAUGAACACAAAAAAAUCCGACUUUCAUUUAUUGUUCAUUUAUUGCCCUUCACUUUAUUCCUUAUCCUCUUCAUUUAUAAACAAAUUUAUUUUAGCGCCUUUUCUAGUUAAAAAAAAAAGAAAUGACAGCAUUUCCAAGCUUGCAGAUGCUCCACACACACACACACACACACACACACACACCAAUGAGUGUAAUAUUAAUGCAUAUUGUAUCACUGUAAAUAAAGUGCACAUAGAAUUGUUUUGACA